GUCAUACCGGGGGGCGCCGUGGUGGAGUUUGUGUUUUAGAAGAGGUUGCAACGCUCGGUGUGGGAAGUAUCGAAAGGAAGAGAGCAGCACUCAAUAAUUCAUAGUGUAGCCUUCACCAGCCUGUGCGCAGACUACCGGAACAGGUAUCAUAUUCCUAAAUAAAUACUUUUUUGCAAUUAGCGGAUACCUACAGUAACCACAAUCUUGGGCACAGUCCCGCUGACCGAUUCCAUACUUUCUUUUCGACAGUCAAAUAGACUAGGAUUAUUGUCGAAAACACGCAUAGAUUAUUUUUUCCCCCUUCCCAUCUCUUGCGACAGUCUGCGAUGUUCAUCCUAGCAUAUGCUGUGUGAAGCAGCAGGUGGCAAUGGUGGCAAACGGCAGUAUCCAGAGUCCAGGGGCAGGCAGGGCCAGGCUACAGCUCUAGCCACAGGCUGAGGGAUUCCAUGGACACUCAUUAACUCAAUGCCACAAAACCGGGAUUGAGUGGGAAGUUUGGGAAUAUCGGCCAGGGGAGGACUGAGUGGGCGGGUCACUAACUGACUGAUAGACUGCUAUGGAAGGAGCGAGAUCCACUAGAAUCUCUGUGAAUGUAACUCUCGGCUCAUUUCCCCAGGGGGAGUUGAGCUGGGAUCGCUCAGCUAGGAUUAGAAACCAGUGCCGAGUGUCUGCCUCUGUCAUCCCGUGCUUCUAUCUGUAGCAGGCACAGUUGGGGCGUUGCUAUGGCAACACUUGCCCUGCACCGGGGUGUAGAGUUGUCUCAUCACUUGCUCUACUAUCUCUGAUACCUGAGAUUUUUUUACCUCGUCAUGCAAUAACUGGUGGAGGUCACAGGAGCCAUGGCCAAACAGGACUCCCCACUGUUCCUCCACGGCUUUGACCUGGGGGAUAUCUUCAUAGACCCCCAGCCCCUGGGCAGCGGGACCACUGGUCUGGUUCUGUCCGCUGUGGACAAGCGCAGCGGCCAACGGGUGGCUGUGAAGAAGCUGGUGAUGCGUGACGUGGUCAGCGUGAAGCACGCCCUGCGGGAGGUCAAGAUCACGCGGCGCCUGCAGCACGAGAACGUGGUGCGCGUGCACGAGGUGUUGGGCCCCUAUGGCCGCCCGCUUCAUCGCGACCCAGCCCAGCUGAGCGCCCUGUACAUCGUCCAGGAGUGCAUGGAGAUGGACCUAGCUCACCUGCUGGAGCAGGGGCCACUUCCUAGCGGGCACACCACUCUGCUCUUCUACCAGCUCCUUCGAGGACUUAAGUUCAUCCACUCAGCCAACGUGCUGCACCGCGACCUCAAACCAGCCAACAUCUUCCUCAACACAGACCAGUUACUGCUCAAGAUCGGCGACUUUGGCCUGGCCAGAAUCGUUGACCCACACUACUCCCAUAAGGGCUACCUGUCAGAGGGCUUGGUGACUAAAUGGUAUCGGUCUCCACGCCUGUUGCUCUCUCCCAACAACUACACCAAGGCCAUUGAUAUGUGGUCAGCUGGCUGCAUCCUCGCAGAGAUGCUAACAGGACGCAUGCUCUUUGCAGGAGCCCAUGAACUGGAACAGAUGCAGCUGAUCCUGGACACGGUGCCUGUGUUGAGGGAAGAGGACCGCCUGGACCUUCUGCAGGUCAUGCCCACUUAUGUCAGCCAUGGCUGGAAGAUCAAGAGGUCAUUUAGGGAGCUGAUCCCUGAGGUGGAGGUGGAGGCGGAUGCCAUUGAUUUUCUGGAGCGUAUCUUGACCUUUAACCCCAUGGACCGGCUGACGGCAGAAGCGGCCCUGUCUCAUCCCUUCCUGCAGCAGUACUCAUUUCCUCAGGACGAGCCCAUGUCGCCCCAGCCCUUCCGCAUAGAGGACGAGCUGGAUGAUAGCCUAAUCACGGAGCCUGGCCACAGUCACAGCCAGGCCUUUAGCUCUCAUUGGGACAGGUAUGAGACCAGCCUGUCAUCAGACUUGUGCUGGCAGCAGCAGGGUGGGUGUCAGUGCUUGCCUGGGGUCUCGGAGGUGGUUGACCCAGAGGAGGAGGAGGUCCUGAGGGAUCCCAAGGCAGGCUCUAACCCCUUGUUGGAGGAGGCCCAGGUGGACCCUCGCAAGUAUUCCCACAGCAGCUCCGCCGAACGCUUCCUGGACCACUCCCACUCCUCUCUGGAGCGUGCUUGUGGGGGCGGGGCCUAUACUGAGCUGGACUGUGACCAUUCCUGUGACUACAAAGUGGGCUCUCCUUCCUAUCUCGAUAAGAUUGCGUGGAGGGAAGACAAACCGCAGCACUACUCCGAACCCAAACUGAUCCUAGACCUGUCUCACUGGAAGAGGAACAGACAGGUGCCUGAGCCUAGAGGGGCCAGUUUGGAGGAGCUGCCUGUCGAGGAGCCGCCUGGGGACCUGUUCCAGGAGAUAUCUCGGUGGGUGGAGAGCACUCAGUCUCUCCUCCACUCUCCCAGCCUGCCCCAGGAACCCCUGCCCUACUCCAGUUCACCCCCGCUGCCCCUCUCUCCCACUUCCCUCCCCGCUCCCCUCUUCCACUGCUGUUCGCCGGCCGUACGGCCCUCAGCUGGACUGGACGAGGACGAAACACUCAGCCCAUCUGCCUCAUCCCGCUCUCCUCCCUCUCUGUUGCCCUCUUCUCCUCCGAUUCCUUCGCCAAUCCAUGAGCGCCUCCACAGUAAGAUAUCUGUCUAGCUUUUGCACACCCAUGUUCUCAUGGCAGGGAGAUAUAAACAGAACAGUGACAACACUGUAGUCAGCCUGUAGCUGAUUAUCAUCACCAAGCUGACGUCAGAAAGCCUUCGGAAUAGUCAUGCACAGGGAGCAACAGCUAAAAGGUCACACACUCAUCAAGCACUCUAAACUCCGUGGUAGGGUCCCAAACUACACCCUAUUAUUCCCUAUUACCUUUUGACCAAAGCCCUUUGGGGAUUAAAGGCUCGGUAUGGUGAAAAAUGGGAAUUGUCUGUGUUUUAUAUAUAUUUCUACAAUAUGAGGUUGGAAUAAUACUGUGAAAUUGUGAACAUUAUGAUGAUGCUCUUUUAGGGUAAGAGCAGUUUGAAAAGACCACCUGAAAGAGUUGCAAACCUCUCUGCCAAUAACAGCUAGUUUCCAGUUUUCCCCUCCCCACUACCAGACAGUCUAGCACAAUUCUUGCUAAGAAGCUACCUUUGUUUGUUUUCAAUUAAAAAUGGUCAGAAAAUAAAUCACAGUAAGGACCCUUAAUUGUUACCCAUAAAUGAUUUGAUAUUGAGAUAAACAUGGCUGCAUUGGACCUUUGUAAGGUUCCGUUUGGGACAUAGCCCUCGUCUCCUGCUUUUUACCAUUGUUCCUACUAGUCAAUGACGGCGAACGUUCCAAAAUGUCACAAUGAUAUUAUACUCUUGAGUCAUGAGCAAUUCAUCUCAUUGCACAAUAUCACCUGGCACCAUAGUCAAGUCUGGAAAUUGCAGGGUGCAAACUGUUUUCAGAGCAGUGCAUUGUCAUUUUAACAUACAAAAAAAAAGCACAUUGGACAGACACUGCCAGGGACCAGGUUCUUAAAGGCCAACUAGGCUUCAUGUGCAGUGUCAGAUGUUAUCUGGGCAAGUCCAUGUUAUUUUAUUGGUAAAAUAGGAGUCCGCAAUAAUAUCAGAAAUAUCUUAUUAGAUCCAAUGUGCUUGUUGAGACGGAAUUAUGUUCCUUUUAGUCUGGGAGUCGGGUUAUGAAUGUGCCUCAGAAUAGGCCUACAGGCUUUUGCACACCCAAAUAGGCCUAGGCUUCCAGCUCGCUGAAUGUAAAUAGUUUUGCAUGGCUUGAUCCUUGAUGAAAACUAUCAAAUUAUUUUAACUAUCUUUAUUUGAGGAUGUUUUGGUUGUAUCACAUAUGGUAGAAUCUGCAGCUUUCACAGCUGAAAUCAAUUUACACGAUCCCUUUUGCAGUUCCUCUUUUGCUGAUCAACUAAA